UCUUGCCCAUUCCCUCUCUAUCGCGGGAGUACUUACGCGGACGCCGCACAGUUUGUGUGCGUCUUCACAUAGCGUACACGCACAGCAGGCAGCAGCGGUAUCGUACAAAAUUAGGCCGCUUUCUUGAGCGGCCGCGUCAUCGGCAACUCGGCAACAACGUAAUUACGCCGCAAUACGUAGGCGCUAGCAACUGCAGCGACGGCGCGGUGCGCAGUCGGUAGAAAGGCUUGAGGAUGCCCACUUCCCGCGAACGACAGAGCAUGAAGACCACGGCGGCAGCCCUAUCUCUGGCAAGUGUCGUGGCACUCCUUCUCACCGAUCUUGCUGCUGGUUUCCUUCCAGCAGCAGCGCCGGCAGGUGCGAAAUGCGACUCCCGCUGGAGUAGUCGUUCUACGGCUGCUCCUCCCGCUGUUGUCGCAAGGACCGCCUGCGCCAAGCGACGUCCCGUCGCCGCCGCAGUCAGGAUGGUUGUUGGAGGAGGAGAGAGGAAAGCGUUGGAGCUAGAGACGUCCGACAAGGUGCCCCGAGGGCCUGCCGGCGCCAUCAAGCUCACGUACCUCGAGCUCAACAGCUGGAUGUGGGAGGUGAACGGGAUAAACAUUCUAGUGGACCCCGUCUUCGGAACCGUGGACUUUGGGGUGCCUCUCCUAGUCCAGGCCAACAAGCAGGUACUGUCGGACGGAGAGCGUGCGAUGAGGGAGCUUGCUGCCGUUACAGAUUUCUUGGUGAUCUCUCAAGGGUUCGACGACCACUGCCACCCCCCCACCAUCAAGGGGUUGUCAGGCUUGCUGAAGCCGUCCGUGCGUCUGGUCGCCCCUCCAAGCGCAAAGGCCGUCCUCGAGGAGCACUUCCCGGCGUCCCGCAUCACCUACAUCCUUCCCGGGCAGUCGACGGUGCUCUCGGCCGGGGGGCGCGCGGUGGAGAUUAAGGCCACCACCGGGGCGAUCCUCGGCCCCCCCUGGCAGCAGGCCGAGAACGGGGUCAUCGUCCGUCCCGUGGCAGCAGACGGGGAUGAGAAAGAUCCGGAGGGAGGCAGCCUCUACUUCGAGCCCCACCUCUUUUUCGACGAGAGCGAGCUGUCAAAGCUCCACGCGGACGUCGUGAUCACCCCAGUGGUGCAGCAGAAUGUGGGGCCCUACCCUCUUGUCUGCGGCGGGGCUAAGGCGCUCGAUCUAGCGUCUACCCUAUCGGCAUCGAAGCUGGUAACGAUGGCGAACGCGCAGGUGGACUUCAGCGGGCCUCUGGCAAAGGUGGUCGUUGAGGAAGGCACUCUUGAGGGCUUCCUAGAGAUGGCCAAGAGAACAGAGGUCGAGGUCGUGGUGCCACAGCCGGCGAAGACGGCCAGCGUCUGGCCCUAACGUUUUGUUGUUGUUGUUAUUGUUGAGGGGCUUAUUUGAGGGGAACACAUCGGUUCCUUUCUUGGGAAAGAAAGCUUGAAAGAUUUUUUUUUUGUCGGCGCUUCUUUGAGGGGAAUACAUCGGUUCCUUUUUCGGGAAAGCUUGACAGGUUGUUGUUUUUUUCGGCGCUUCUUUUGAAGGGAAUACAUCGAUUCCUUCCUGGGAAAGCUUACGAUAAUUUUUACUGAUAUGGCGGUGCCUCCCCCGGGAGGAUGGUGCUAUUCGUGCUGGUUCCUGGCAAGCCUCCGAGUACAUACAUACGGCAACCGGCGGUGCGUUAAACCGAAAAUUUCAGCUCGCGGUUUGUAUGGCGUGAGGGUCCAACAAAGAGGUUCUUGCGGACAUGUUUAUCAUUGGUCGCGUGGGUUGAUGUGUAGAAUCUGAAGCAAGCGGUCUCGUUGUGGCCUUGAAUCAUGAUAAAUAGACUAUUAUUGCUGCGUGUGUGUGUCUACUUUGGGUGUGGUGGUGUGAGUGUGUUGGCCACCGAGGAACACGGACGGGAUAUACAUAUGUCUUGAUUCACCUUCUUCGUGGACGGUAUAGUCAACCGGGCAGAGAGAGAGAGAUAGAAGCGGACGAUUCAUCACUCCGCCGUUCGUUGUUCAGUGUGAAAAUCAAAGAACUGGCACUUUUAGUCAGAGCCUUGAAUGAGGUAGUUUCUUCAUCGCCGUUCGUUUUUUAAGCUUUCUCGUAUUG